CAACAAAUUGGGCGAUUCCAUUGUUUUUUUAACAGGUUGGGAAACCCGAACAGAAAAAUAAUCAAAUAAAAAAGCAGCACUAUGGAGGACCAGGAAAUGCACCUGAAAGUGAGACGAGACAUGUCUUUGUUUAUGCUUGUUAUCGCCUUUCAGUCAGCGACAAAUUCACCGAGAGCAUGUACGUCCUGGCGAAUGAGCCGUCCGUGGCUCUCUACAGGCUCCAGGAGCACGUCAGAAGGUCUCUGCCGGAACUGGUCCAACACAAGACAGACAUGCAGAACUGGGAGGAGCAAAGCCAAGGCGCCAUCUACACUGUGGAGUAUGCCUGCAGCGCCGUGAAGAGCAUGACAAACAGCAGUUUCUACUUCAAAAACAUCGAUAGUCUUCUCCGUCAAGCCAUCAACUGGAAGGAACAGAGCAGUAACUCUCAAGGACGCAGAUUACAUGAUGUGACCCCUCCUCCCAGUUCCCUUGUCUCUACUCCACAUGCCCCACCCACUUCCUCAUGACCUGUGUUCAAAUGCACCUGAGGAAAAGGGCCGUGGACUCCAGCACGCCGAAGGAGGGCGGGGAGAGGCACCGGAUAUGACGGCCUUUUCCGGAUUCGUGCUGUCCUUUUGACUGUGGCUGAAGUUAGGCUGGAAGAGGCAACUCCCACUGCAGGGAAAUGCCUGCCUCCAGCGGACCCCCCACCUCCCAGCACCACCAGGUUCAGCAUCAAAACACUUCAGUCAUGGCUGCUCAAAGAAUGCAUUGUUCUUAUCCACCGGAUCAGAGCGGACACACCAGAGCUGUUUGCCUCCUGUUUUUCCAAACAGUCACAGGGAUUUGAACACUUGUUUUCAGGUUUCAUGGCAAAUUCUGAGAAAUCUUCUAAUAAAAUACAAAGGUUUCAAAAAUG